CAGUAAGAAGGAGGCUCUCGAGGCGCUGGCGGCGGUGGCAGACGCAGAGAGCGAAGUCCCGAGGCUGGAGAAGGAGCUGGAGCGCGCCAAGCCAGAGGCCGCCGAGCUCUACGGCGCCACUGCGGACUGCAUCGAUGUCAAUCAGCUCAAGACCAGGCUCGCAGCGAUUCUCACCAAGAGCGUGUCGCUGGCCGACUUCCUAAGGGUACCGGUGCCAGCAGAGACCGUCGAAGCGGCCACGUUCGGCGUCCUCAUGGGCUCGGCUGAUCCUGGGGGCCUGUACUGGAGGCGCCAGAUGUGGUCGGCCCUCGCCAUCAACGAUGGCAAGUGCAGCGCGUUCGAAGCGCGGCUGCAGCACAGCGCGGUGCGCGACAGUGAUGCGAUGGCAGUUCAGGGAGCGCGCUUCUUCGCGACCACUUGCGACGAGGCGACCGACGAGUCAGGCGAGCGGGAGGAUUUCGGGCUCGGCGAGGAGCCCGACGCCGAGAACGAGUGGAGCCAGUGGCGCGAGCCCUGCGCGUUGAAGUUCUGGCGCGAGUGCUUCGACUGGGCUCGGGCGUCCACGGGCCUCGCCGCGGCGCGGCGGGCGACGGGGAAAU